AUGGGAGGCACAUUAUCUCGUCUAGCAUCUCUUAUUUGGGCCAAAAAGGAGAUCCGAAUCCUCAUCCUUGGUCUCGAUAAUGCCGGCAAGACCACUCUUCUCUACAGACUUAAGAUCGGUGAAGUCGUCACCACCAUUCCUACCAUCGGCUUUAACGUCGAGUCCGUGACAUAUAAAAAUCUAAACUUCAAUGUUUGGGAUCUCGGUGGCCAAACAUCCAUUCGUCCAUACUGGCGGUGUUACUACGCCAACACAGCAGCUGUCAUUUUUGUCAUCGAUUCCACAGAUAUCGAGCGUCUGGGAACCGCAGCAGAUGAGUUGGCAGCUAUGUUGAACGAAGAGGAACUUCGUGACGCAUCUCUGCUAGUGUUUGCCAACAAGCAGGAUCAACCCGGUGCUAAGGGUGCCGGUGAGAUCUCAGAGGCCUUGAAAUUGGGGGAAUUGCGUGAUCGGAACUGGAGCAUUGUCGCCUGCUCUGCCAUUGAUGGCAAGGGUAUUGACGAGGGCAUGGACUGGCUGGUGCAAACUAUCCAGGCCGAGCAACAGUCAUGA